CUUCUGUAUCCCUGUGAUUGACCUGCAUCGCUGGCUUGUAAAUCUGCCCAUCACCAGUAGUACAAUCCAUCACAGUUGGCUGUGUUAGAAAUGGAGUCUAUAUCUGCUUGCAUCCUCUCUUCUUUCUCUUCUUUCUCUUCUUUCUCUCUUCUCUCUCCAUACCAACCCUAACCCUAACCCUAUCUUACUAUCUAUGCUCAUACUUCCCUACCAUACCUACCAUACCAUACAUCUCCCUCUCUCGUACCUCAACCUACCUCUAACCCUAACCAUACUCUACCCUACCUUAACCACUUCUAACCCUAACCCUACCAUACUCUACCCUAACCCUAACCCUAUACUCUCCCAUCUCCAACUCCAACCCUUCCCUACCCUACUAUACUAUACUCUACCCUACCUAACCCAACCUGCUACCAAUGACUCCCUUUCUCCUCCUCCUCCUCCUCCUCUUCCUCGCCUUGACACAGGCCAAAACAGUCAGGGAGACGCUCAACCUGACCUGGUCGACCGGCUCCCCCAAUGGCGUCCCCCGCGAGAUGAUCUUCACCAACGGCCAGUAUCCCGGCCCCGUGCUGGUCUGGGACGAAGGCGACGAGAUCGAAGUGACGGUGCAUAACCAUCUGCCCUUCAACACGACGGUGCACUGGCACGGCCUGCGCCAGCACAACUCGCCCUGGUCGGACGGAGUGGCAGGCCUCAGCCAGCGGCCCAUUCAGCCCGAUGCAUCCUUUGUCUAUCGCUUCACGGCCGAGCCGGCAGGCACAUAUUGGUACCAUUCGCAUGUCCGCAGUCUGCUGCAAGACGGCCAGAUCGGAGGGAUCUACAUCAGACAAAAAGAACUCCCCUUCCAUCUGAUCUCCAACGACAGCAACGACAUCCAGCAGAUGCAGGCCGCCGCCGCCGCCCCCAAUCUGCUCAUGCUGGCCGACUGGACGUCGCUCACCUCGGCGCAGUAUUACCAGGCCCAAGUCGCCUCGGGCUACGAUCUUUUUUGCGUCGACUCGCUUCUCAUCAAUGGCCAUGGCUCAACGUAUUGUCCUGGCGCCGACUUCCUCCAGAGCAUGACGACGGGCAAACUGUCCAAUGUCGAGAACGGCACUUUAUUGACAGACAAGGGAUGCCUUCAAGUCCUUCUGUCCGACGUCCAGUCCCCCGUGUACCUCAAUACAGGCAACAUCGAUGCCGUCCCCUCCCAGCUGGAAUGGAACUGCACCCCCUCCGACGGAGGCAUGUAUACGGUCCAAGUGGACGCCGCCGACGGCUGGGCAAGCCUGAAUUUUGUCGCCUCACAGGCGUUGAAGGGCUUGAUUGUCUCCGUCGACUCGCAUCCCAUGUGGAUCUACGAGGCAGACGGGGGUCUGGUCGAGCCACAGCAGGUGGAAGCCAUCGAGAUGUUCAACGGUGUGCGAUACGCCGUGCUGAUCCGUCUAGACCAGCCAGAAGGGAACUAUAGCAUUCGAGUGGCGGACAAUGGAGGCGAUCAGGUCAUAGGCGGAUACGCCACUCUCUCCUACAAACCAUCUUCAUCAUCAUCUUAUGUGAAACAACAGGCUGGUCCCCAUAGCAAAGGAUAUAUCGACUACGGGGGCACCAUCACAUCCACCAACGUUCGCACCUUGUUACUCACCCAAUGUCCUCCGCCGUAUAAUGUGCCUCCCCCCUCGAGUACAGCGGCACAUAUGCAUUUCUCCCAACUCUCCCGGUUGGGAACGGCCUACAACUGGACGCUCGGGGGCCGCGAGCUCUUCAUCCCCGAGGAAUGGGGCGCGCAUCCCAUCCUGCAACACCCGGAUCCGGCCUUCUUCGUCGACGAAAACGCCGCCCUGCUCUCCGUCAACGAUACGUGGGUGGACAUCAUCGUCCAGGUGGUCGGCGAGACCGACGCCGAGAUCCAACCCCCGCAUCCUAUCCAUAAACACGGGAAUAAAGGGUACCUGGUCGGCCAGGCCGCGGGCUUCUUCGGCUGGACCUCGGUCGAUGAAGCUGUUGCCGAACAGCCCGAGUCGUUCAACCUGGUCAAUCCCCCGUAUCGAGAUACUUUUACCACUGCCUUUCUCGAUCCGGCGGUGGGGGGGGCUUGGUUUCUGGUCAUUCGCUAUCAUGUCGAGACGCCGGGCGCGUUUCUCCUGCAUUGCCAUAUUGCGACUCAUCAGCAGAGUGGCAUGGCCAUGGCCUUGUUGGAGGGGGUGGAUGUCUGGCCGACUGUGCCGGAGGAGUAUCAAUAGCUUCGAGCUGCAAGCUUCGAGCUGCGAAGCAGCGAGAAGCGAAGCAGUGAGAAGAGAAGAGAGAGUGAAGCAGUGAUAAGAGAGAGAGUGAAGCAGUGAGAAGUGAAGAGUGAGAAGAGAAGAGAGAGUGAAGCAGUGAGUGAAGCAGUGAUAAGAGAGAGUGUGAAGCAGUGAUAAGAGAGAGAGAGAGCAGAAUUAAUAUAAAAUAGAUAAAGAGAGAAUACAGUAUAAAGUAGAGCAGAAGA